AUGGAGGACGACGACGACGCUUUCUUGUACGGCGACGAGCCAGCCGCUCCUACCUCUUUAAAGCCUGAUGAUAUUGCCAACAGCGCAACAGCUCCUGGAGCUACGUCUGCUGGUUCUCAUGGAAAGCAAGCGUCAACCGACGUCGCAGCCAACAACGGGAACCAAGGUCAAGCUGAGGAUCACGAUGACGAGGACGAGGACGAGGACGAGGACGAAGACGAGGACAGCGACUCAGACAUCGAAUUCAUUAUCGACGCAAACACAGAAGCGCAGCAACAAGCACAACGGUCUGGCUUCCAGAGAUCAGGUGCACGUCCUCUUCCCAACCAGAGCACACCUCAACGCCCGCAGUCGACCCUCACAUCCGAGUACACGCCCCUCUCUCGAUCCCAGCUUCUAGCCAACACCAGUCCAGCUUCAACGACCGCUGCUGGCGCUGCCUCUCAACCAGCCGGCCUCUCCUCCCUCCUUCCGACCCCUCCCCGUGCAUCUCCCGCCAAGCCCCAGACCGCGCUCGAUGGCCUCGGUCCUGAAGGUGGACCUCCUGGCGUCCCCUCCACUGCACCUCGCCUCAAUCUCUCUCCCGGCCCAGAAGACCGCGCAUACCCCAAAGCAGAAGAUACCGUCGAAGAAGAAGAGGCUGAAGCGCAAGACAUCUUUGACAUUGAUCUGGAAGCUCUUCCGGAGAAGCCUUGGCGACGCUACGGUGCCGAUCUCACCGACUACUUCAAUUACGGCUUCAACGAGGAAACAUGGAGUCUAUGGCGAGGUAAGAAGGAACGCAUGACUGAUGCACGCAAACAAUCCGAGAGCACCUUCUUUGGCGGCGCGAGCAAUGGUAACAACGGCGCUAAUGACAUGAUGCAGCAGAUGAUCUCAAUCAUGCCACCACCACAAGCUAUGCAGGCUAUGAUGGGCCAGAUGGGGCAGAACACAGGCGCGCCACCCGGUCCGAUGGCUAUGCCACCCAUGCCACCCGAGCAGAUGAUGGCUAUGAUGGCGAGCAUGUCCGGCAUGCCUGGAAUGUCACCCAUGCCUCCUGGUAUGCCGCCCAUGAUGAUGUCAGGCAUGUUUGGUGGUCAACAGCCACCCAACGGCCCCAGCAAUCAGCAACAACAGCAACAGCGAUUCGGCAACUCUCCCUUCCCUCAAGGCCAAGGUCAAGGUCAAGGUCAAGGUCAAGGCCAAGGUCAAGGUCAAGGUCAAGGACAAGGACAAGGACAAGGACAACAAGAUGGUUCCAACUCAUCAUACCCUCAGUCGCAAGGGUAUGACCAGACAGGAGAUCAACAAGACACGGAACACGACUGGGAUGCACCCACAGGUCAAGCCUCACAACACGAUGACAGCACACCAAAAGUCAAAGAGGAAGACAUACCGACCGGUCUUGAACCACCGACAGGCCCCGCUGACAGCGGCAACAUGUCAAUGAGGCCAAUGUCUGAAGCAGACAUGUCGGCUUUCUUUGGCGCUUCUGGUGUCGAUCUUUCUCAAGUCGCUGCUGCUGGUAUCCCUGUUGCCACCAACGACAACAACAGUCAAACAGCCGAGCCAACUUGCGCUGCUAACAAGAAGUCGACUACUGGACGUGCUGCUCGCCAAUCAUCAGGUCCACCGCCAAAGACAGCACCUCUUGGACCAUCUGCAGUAAUCAAAGGCACUUCGAUCCGCGGUCGUGCCGCCGCCGCCGCUGCUUCCAUCAGCUCUUCUCGUCCUCGAGCUGUCUCGCCGACCCUGCCACCCAAUGUUCCAUCUGGACCCAAGAAUCCGGGCAAGCGAUACAAUGAUCGAGACACAGGCACUGGUGCAGCCGACUCGCUCGACUACGGCGCCACAGGUGGUGGAGGUGCAGAUGCAGCAGACGAAUGGGAUUCAACUCCACGCGAAACCCGUGAAUCAAACGGGUGGGACAGUCCGCCUCGCGCAGAAGACAAGAGUCGACGCGGUGGUCGCAGUAAAAGAGAAAGUACGCAGGAUCACACAAGCACCAAUGGUCGGGAUAACGACGAGGGUGGAUAUUCAUCACGUCGUGACAAGAGCAGUUGCUCGCGAUCUUCAAAACGCGGUGGAGGAGGUGGGGAAGACUGGGACGACGAGACCGCAUCCCAAUCCUCCACUUCGGGUCACAAGCGCAAAAGUGGUAGCUCGAGGGAACACCAUCGUGAUUCUCACCGUUCAGAUCGUGAUCGAGAGCGCGAGAAGGAGAAAGAAAGAGAAAAGGAGAGGGAAAGAGAGGCGAGGAGUCAAGCUAGAUCCGAAAGAAGAGCGGGUAGAGAUGUCGACGAGCCUGCUAUUCCAACAGGUCCAGCAGCUGGUGUGAGCAGUGGUGCAGGAGGGAGAGGUAGUAGGAAGAGGUCCGCCCCCGAAGAUAGAGACAGAGAGGGCGAUGCUGAUGGACCUCCUCCUGCGAAGACUUCUAGUAGGAGCGGGAAGAGCGGAGGUUCGAGGAAGAAGCGUUGA